AGUUCACAGAUCUACAGAUCCUAGGGCUCGUUCAAACAUCUCUGCUGGUCGCUCUUUGGAUGUUAUAUAGGUCAGCUCUUUCUGCUCACUCACUCUCACACUCAUUUCAACUCAUAGCUCGGCUUCAUUCACAGGCCUGCUCAGUUAUGAACAUGACGCCGUUUUUAACGAGUUUUAUUUAUUUGGCGUUGUUGUGUAACGUUAGUAGGAUAUGCUGUGAUAAUGACACCGAAGAGGAUGACCACGCCAAACACACAUACACGGUGGAGAUGUUCAAUAAUGCCGUCUCCAUUGCUCCACACUUCGUCAUGUUCUACGCGCCCUGGUGUGGUCACUGUCAGAGGCUGCAGGCAACGUGGAAUGAGCUGGCAGAUAAAUAUAACAGCAUGGAGGCUCCUCCAGUGUAUGUUGUGAAAGUCGAUUGCACAAAAGACACAAAGUUUUGCUCCAGUGAACAUGGGAUCCGUGGAUAUCCAACUCUGAAGUUGUUUAAACCUGACCAGGAGGCUGUGAUGUAUCAGGGCCCGAGAGACCUGCAGGCACUGGAGAACUGGAUGCUGAAAACCCUGCAGGAGGAACUGGAACAGGAGCCCCAGACUGAACCCGAGCCACCCAAAGUCCCUGAACCCAAACAGGGCCUGUAUGAACUCACAGCCACAAACUUCAAAUCACACACAUCUAAAGGUUCUCACUUUGUGAAGUUCUAUGCACCGUGGUGUGGGCACUGCAAAGCCAUGGCUUCAACAUGGGAACAGCUCGCCACCAGCUUUGAGCAUUCAGACACCAUUAAGAUCGGCAAGGUUGAUUGCACACAGCACUAUGAGGUGUGUUCAGAUAAUCAGGUUCGUGGUUAUCCCACGCUACUCUUCUUCACUGAUGGAGAGAAGAUUGAUCAGUACAGAGGAAAACGUGAUCUGGAUUCAUUUAAAGAGUUUGUCGAUAAUCACGUGAAAGCUGCAGAAUCUAAAGAUGAACCUGCGAAAGAGGAGGAGCCCUCUGACGAAAUCCCACCCAGCGCUGAACCUGACAAAGAAGAGUCUAAUGUUCUGGUCUUGACUGAGAGCAACUUUGAGGAGACUGUUGCCAAAGGACUCUCCUUCAUCAAGUUCUAUGCCCCAUGGUGUGGUCACUGCAAGAACCUGGCCCCUACCUGGGAGGAUCUAUCUAAAAAGGAGUUUCCUGGUCUGACUGAUGUGAAGAUUGCUAAAGUGGACUGCACCUUGGAGAGAACGCUCUGCAACAGAUAUUCUGUGCGUGGAUACCCAACUCUCCUGAUGUUCCGGGCAGGGCAACAGGGGGAGGAGCAUAAUGGAGGGCGGGACUUAGAGAGCCUGCACAGUUUUGUCAUGAAACAUGCGAGAGAUGAGCUGUAACUCCUCCGUUGUUUCCCAUCUUACAACACAUCCUCCACAAAGCAACACUACUUACAACUACCAUACUUUCAAAGACUGCUUUUUCUUUGUUUCUGUCCCUCACAUGCUAAAGUGAGGACUUUCUCUUCCACAUGAUAAAAUGUGAAUGUACACAAUUAAAUCUCGACCAGUUGAUGAGAUUAGUAGCAAUUAAAACCACAUACUUUUGAGUUUGCCUUUUCUCCCUUAAAAGAACAGCUUUAUGAUGUAAAGAAAAUUACACUUCCAUUAAGAUUAUCUUUUAAGGUGCAUAUUUCGUAAAAGUUAUAUUUGAGAAAAUUCAGCUUAGUUUGCUGUCAACUAAGAAAAUGUGACCUCAGGGAGACCAUGUACCAUUUAAGAAAAAUGACAUGGACCUGCUGUGAUUUACCUUUUUCUGUAAUCAGUAUAAAACACUAUAUGAUACCAACUUGCAAGCAGCAAUUUGACCACGUCCAUGUCUUUCUAUUGGAGUUUCAAAUGUUUCUGUUGUGGUCUACAGGUUUUGAAAAGGUUGUAUUGUUAAGGGAGGCUAAGGUAUUUUGUCAAACUGGGAGACCUGCUUAAACCAGCCAAGAACAAGAUGGCGAUUAGCUGGUUCAGAUAGUGUGCCAUAUUUAUCAAACCAGGCCAGUCUUAACCAGCUUGAUCGCCAGCAAACCACAUCAGGCUGGUUUAACCAGAUUUCUUUAGUAAGGAUGCCAUUUGUUGAACUACUUUUGGUUAAUUUGUCAUAAAGCUUCUUGGUGUUCUUAUAGGCAUAUGUAUGGAGUAGAUGCAUCUCAGAUCCCUAAUCUUGCCAUUAUAUACUACUUUUUGUUACUAUUUAAAAUUGAUUUUCUCAACACUCUGCAAGGUUAAACAAUGCAAAACAAAUCAUAUUUGCUGUAUUGUCAAUGUAUGGUUUACUCUGAAGUACAUUAGAGGUUGUGAAAAGUUAUGGUACAGUAUUUUGUUUAUUCUACAGAUGUAUUUUUUCUUUUUCUUUCAUUAGAUUUUUCUAGUUGGACUGUUAGAAAUAUUAUUUUACAAAUUUUACAAAAAUGUACAUAUUUCCUUUCAGAGAUGUUUAUCUUUUUCUUUUACUGGAUCUGAAAGAGAAGGAAGGGGAAAGCAAUCAGAAACCACAUAUAUUCAGUGAAGUCUUUAUGCGAGGCACAUGGUCACAGCCAACCUCAGUGAAAAACGCAGUAUUUUUGUCCUGUGUGAGAGGGGUACACUCACUGCGUGGGGGUUUUUGUACAAAAAAGGCACAUUGUGACAAAUUUCAUAAUAAAAUGUGUUUUUCCAAAAA